ACAUGCUGUGCCGCAUGACCAUCACCAGACCCUCUGACGCCUUCUGUUUCGUGGAGAUGGACUUCAACGAGUUCGACGUCGAGAAGUCGUCUCGCUGUGACCGUGACUUUCUGCAGAUCGACCGAGAUCGGUACUGCGGCACAAUGCUCAAGGGACACCGCAAACAAAUGGCGUACGAUACCGAUGGGAACGCCGUGAUGGUCUUCAAGACCGACGAGUCCGUGGCGGGAAAGGGCUUCCGCGUCAGGUUUCAUCAGGUGCCCUGCGCUGGAGCACACCGGGAGACCACUACAGCUAUGACGGCAGGCUUCACGCCGGGUCCCCCGGCGGCGGCGACGCUCCAGUGCGACCAAACUUUUGAGCAGCAGGAGUUCUACAUCCAGAGUCCCAACUACCCGUCCAACUACCAGGACAACCAGGACUGCCAUUACGCUGUGCACCGGGCGGGCAGCGACGUGUGUCAUCUAGAGCUCGUGUUUGCCUCCUUCGACGUCGAGUCCUCUCCCGGCUGCCAAUUCGACUACCUCGAGUUUGGUGGAGAGCGUCACUGCGGAACCCUGCCUUCCGACCACUCCUACAUAGUGCCCUUUGAAGUGGCAGAGAAGAUGCUGCACUUUCAUUCGAACGGCGCCAACACCCGACGUGGGUUCUCCGUCCGGGGGCGCCAGAUAAAGUGCGGCCUCGGAGUCGACCAUCAAUCAUAUCCCGGAGACCAGAAGUCCCAAGUGCACGGCGUCAACCAACUGACCACUCCGAGCAUCUUGACGACCACGAACCUUCCGCCGUCAACGCGGAAGUCCUGUGACUUGUACAUGGAUAAGAUGGAGUUCGAGCUGGAGAGCAGGAACUACCCGUCGGACUACGAGGACGGCACGGACUGUCUUUACACCGUGCGUCGUGCCCACGGCAACAUCUGCCAAAUGGAGGUCACGUUCCUAGACUUCCAGCUGCAGCCUUCGGACUCCUGCCAGGGGGACUACCUAGCCAUCGACGACAUCCGAGUCUGCGGGGCGGUGGUGCCGGGAACGACACGUGUGAUGGACUUCAAAGAGCCCCAGAAGGUGAUGCGGUUUCACACGGACGAGUCUCAGAGUGAUCGCGGUUUCCACAUUGUGGUAAAGCAGAACGAAUGCGACAGCGUGUACAGCACGCCGGCCACUGCCGGCGACCUGGACUGCGACGAGACCUUCUCCAAGCCUGAAGGCCAGAUUGUCAGCCUCAACUUUCCGCAAAACUAUGGCAACAAUUUAGAUUGCAGGUACACGGUGCGCAAGAUGAGUUCUUCGGUGUGUCGACUCGAGAUGCGCUUUAUGCGCUUUGACGUGGAAUCGAGCACCAACUGCGAGUACGACUACCUGGACAUCGACGGGCAGAAGCUUUGUGGCAUCUUCUCCGGAAACACAUCGGGCAUGUACGACUUCGAGGGCAACGAAAAGGUGAUCCGGUUCCACUCGGACGCUGCCAACUCGCGGCCGGGCUUCCAGAUCCAAAUGCGUCAGCACGAGUGUGCACUCCAGGGUCAGAGUCCCCGGCCGCCCCCGGCCAGACCCCUCCAGGGGCUAGGACCCGUCGACGAAGGCCACAGGCAGCCGCCGCCGCAGCAGCAGAAGUGCGACAAGAUCUUUACGAGCCGACUGUUUGACAUCAGAAGCCUGGGCUACCCACGCGGGUACCCCAAUGACCUGGACUGCAAGUACAUAGUCUUUCAGGUUUCACAUGACAUCUGCAGCCUCGAGCUGACGUUCCUUGACUUCGACAUUGAAAAAAAUCAGGAAUGCUCGGCAGACUUUCUAGAACUCGAUGGUGAACGCGUCUGCGGGUCCCUUCCUCCCGACUCAAAAAGUAGCACGCUAAGCUACCUGAAUAGCUCUGUGAAAGACACGCACAUAUCGACGAAUCUGGAGAGUAAUUUUUUGAUCGACUUUCGGAGUUUUAUGUUUGAGUCGUCGUGUGGUAUCAGCAUUGGCUACAUCUGCAUGGCGUAUCCAUACCUUUGUAAACUCGUCCGUUGA